GCCGCGGCUGCGCGCGCUCCCGGAACGUGCGCACCGCAGGCGGCGCGGAUCGCAGGUCCGCUGCCGGAACCGGACCCCGGGUGCCUGUGUGGCGACAGGGCUCGUGAGAAAAGGUCGCGAUGAACACGGUGCUGUCACGGGCGAACUCCUUGUUCGCCUUCUCGCUGAGCGUGAUGGCGGCGCUCACCUUCGGCUGCUUCAUCACCACCGCCUUCAAAGACAGGAGUGUCCCGGUGCGGCUGCACGUCUCGCGGAUCAUGCUAAAAAAUGUAGAAGACUUCACUGGACCAAGAGAAAGAAGUGAUCUGGGAUUCAUUACAUUUGAUAUAACUGCUGAUUUAGAGAAUAUAUUUGAUUGGAACGUUAAGCAGUUGUUUCUUUAUUUAUCAGCAGAAUAUUCAACAAAAAAUAAUGCUCUGAACCAGGUUGUCCUCUGGGACAAGAUUGUUCUGAGAGGUGAUAAUCCGAAGCUGCUGUUGAAAGAUAUGAAAACAAAAUAUUUUUUCUUUGAUGAUGGAAAUGGUCUCAAGGGAAACAGGAAUGUCACUUUGACCCUAUCUUGGAACGUUGUACCAAAUGCUGGAAUUCUACCUCUUGUGACGGGAUCAGGACAUGUAUCUGUCCCAUUUCCAGAUACAUAUGAAAUAACGAAGAGUUAUUAAAUUAUUCUGAAUUUGAAACAACAUAUUUUUAUACUUAAUGAAUUAUAUCUCAUUUAUCUUUUCCCUUGCACCUUCAUUUGUUUUGGGUUGUUACUUUGUGGGUUUUUUUGGUUUGUUUUUGUUUUUGAUGUAGAAGUAACAUCAAAAGGCAUAUUUGAAGGAAAAGGUUAAUAGCAUACUCAACCUUAAAAACAAAACAAAAACAAGGCUAUCAGAGAUAGCUAUAUCUCUGAUAUAAGAAUAAGGCUAUAAGAAUAAGGCAACAACAUAAUAAGAACUUGGUAUAUAUUUGAAGUAUUCCCUGUAUUUCCAUUAUUCUUUAUGGAAUAUAAAGUGAGCAUGAAGGGUUGUUAAAACUUUCAGGUGCCUGUAGAGUUAUAAGAACUCUGAAUUUUAUGCUUGGCAUUCAUGCAAGUUCACAUUGGUUGUGACUUAGAUGUAGACAUUUUCUUUUAUCUCUUUUAGUGUAUGUUAGAUUACUGGAAAAAUUAAUAUACUUAUUCGUUAGAAGCCUGGUUUACAAAAAAGCCAAAAGUGAUAGAAUUUUAUUCCAUUUGUUUUAGGAUACCCAUAAUGUGUGUUUUUCUUAGAUGACUAGCAGCUUUCUCCACUUAAAUACUAAAUACCUCUUCUAUGUUGUAAAUCAUUCAAACUCAUUUUUAAGUCUCAAGUCAACCAAAUGUGUGUCUUUUAGUGCUAGCUCUAAAAAUGUUCCUUUGUGUAUCUUUAUAUACUUUUUAGCAUUGCCAUUGAAAGUUGAAAAUCUUUGCAUGAUUUAUCCUUUGAGUUAAGUUUGUUCUUGUGAGCAUGCCAAGUGCCACUAAGUGGUAAUUAUUUGCAAUUAUCCAUAGGUUCAAAUUUUAAUAAUUAUUGGAAUAGUAAUAAUAUUUGGCAGUGUGCUUUUCCAUUUACAAAGCACUCUUGUGUUUUAUGUUAGCCUCAAUAAUCCAAGGAGGUAAGUAGUGCAAAUGUUAGUUCUUUGCAGAUCAAGAAACUGAAACUCAGAAGUUUAUUGAAUCGCUCCAAAGUUAAGUAGCAAGGAAUGAAGUUAAAGCUUGAGCUCACAUCUCAAGGUACUCUUAAGCUUAUCCUUUCUCUUACACCUCAGUUUACAGACUAAUCAAAUUUGACUUGUAAUUGUCAUUAUGUUUUUUUAUUACUCCAGACACCCUUUGUAUCACUCUUAGAAGAUGAUUCCCAUUAUGUAUGAAAGCGACUAAUUUUCAAGUUGCCAACAACUUAACAUAGUGGUAAUAUCUCAUUUUCCACAUAAAUUCAUUUUACUCACAUUAAAAGUAUAAAAAAUGUAAAUGUGUGAAAAAAUAAUGUAGAGAUUAAAUACAUAAUACAUAAUUGAGCAUAUGAGCAUAUUUAAGAUGAUUUAUUUUUUCUGUAGAGGAGAAAUAAACAUCCUCAAAGGUAGCAAUUGCAAAUUAUUAUUAAAAGCAAGACCAAGCACUGUAGUACACUAUCAGCAACAACCAAAAAGGGCUAAUAUUUUCUAAGAAUAGUUUAAAUUAAAUAAAAUUUGUUUUGUUUACCUAAUGAAAUACAUCACUGUUUAGUUACAUUCAUUUUUGACAGCUAUCAUAUGUGGGUCAUAUAAAAGCAUGUACAUAUGAGUUUUUAAACCAGCAAAAAAGGUCAAAGUUAUAAUAUGAAUACUAGACUGGGUUUGGCUCCCAGCUUUUUCAUUAAACUUUUCAGGGUCUCAGUUUCUGUAUCUGUAAAAUGACAGAGUUGGAGUAGUUAUAUGGUGAUUCUUCACACAAGUCUAUAAAAUUUGUUUUAUCUGUUCAGCUAAGAGAUUGAACAGAAAAGCACUUUAGUGAUGGGAAGAUGAUUAAAAGGUUAGCACAUAAGUCAUACUGAUCUGACUAUUGCUGUUACACAUUUUACACCUACAAAAUUUAACUUUACUUACUUUAUACAAUAUUAGACAUGUAAACUUAAAAUCUGCAGAAGUAAAAAACUUAUAAAAACUGGGAAUGUUGUGAUUAAAUCAGGCUUGCUCAGUAAGCCUGAAAUAUUAACCAGACAUGGAUUCUAGUUUAAUAGGUGUUAUACCUUUGGGGUGAGUGGCUCUAUUACUCUAAAAGAGAUUAUUAUUGAAAUUGAGUUACGGUUUGUUCAUUUGACAAGCCCCCUUUUUGGGAAUUUGGUGAGGGAGAGAAAUAGACCCCACCAGUACAAUAUGGAUGAAGUUUUUCAUUUUUACUGAACUAAGGGAAAAUGCUCAGGAUUAAGAAUGCUUCAACAUGGGAAUAAGGAAUCUGCAUCUCAGGAACUCAUUUUUGGGUGUGCUCAGCUUUAUUAGUUUACCGUAAUUCUACUUUUUGAAAAUUUGAUUUGUGUUCAGUUUGAUAACCAUCUCCUUGGUCUCAGUGUUUUAAAGAGGUCUCAUCAAGUCUCUACAAAGACACAAGGCUUCAGACAUAUAACGACCUAAGUAUGACCAGAAAUAUCGGAGCUCGGAGAUUAUUCUGAGCAAAGAGAAUAAUAAUUACUGGAUACUUAUUUAAAGUAAUUACAGUUAGAAGUGAAUUUAAUUUUAAAAUGUAGCACUCAUCCUUUAGCAGUUUAACCUUGGAAAACUGGCUAAAUCAGUGUUUUUUAUUUCCAUACUUGACUACCUUUAGUUUCUCUCUGCUGAAAGGAAAAUUACAAAAAGCUUCAGAAAUUCCUAAGGUUGUAAUAGGAAAUGGAUUAUUUUGAAUUUCCUUUCCUGGGCUUAUUUUGUAGUUCUUUGGUGGAUCUGGCCAGCCAAUUAAAAGCUUUGGAGUUGGGGUGUCAAAUUAACAGGUGUUACUUUAUAAUACUUUGAAUUGACUUGUAAUAGAUUUAUGGGGGAAAACUCCAUAAGCUGUGAACAUAAAUCUAUCCAUUUCAAAAGCUUUCCUUGCUUUUAGCAGAGAGCCUGUGUACAUUACAUGAAACUGCCAAUAGUUUAAAGGAUUUAUUUCAAAAAGUUGUUGCAUGUUUUGAUGCAAUUUGGAAAAUUGUUUACUUCAAAAACACAGAUUCACAAGAAAAAAAUCCAUAAAAAUGUGUUUGAGGAUUUUCAUAAUUGCAAUAAAUAUUCAGCAUUUUUUCUAAUGAAAAUGAAUUUUGUUUAAGAGUAAAAGUAUGCAUUUUGAAAAACUUUCAGAUUUAUGCUUUUUAUGUGAAGCUGCUGAAUUAAAAAAGGAAGAAACCAAGUCUAGUAUGUUUUGGGGGGUGGGGUAGACGGGAGGCAGUUAAUUACACCUAAAUUAUCUUCUCCAGGGACUGUAUGCUCCUAUACUAGACUGUAAGCCCUUUGAGGACAGGCUGUUGGAUUUAUCUUUGUACCUUCCCCAGCACCUAGCAUAGUGCCUUGCACAUGAUAGGCACCCAAUAAAUAUUGAUAAUGAA